CGGGCGGGUCUGCUGUUCCAAGGCAAGGCUCCAACCCAACUUGCAAGCGCCUGAGCAGAGCCGGGACCAGCCCUGCCUUCCGGGUAGGGUGGCCAGCCUGGCCCGGACGGUAGGGUGGAAAGACAGCCUGUUCCUCUUUUCUCCUCUCUGGUCCGUGCAAGGCAGCUGCUGCCAUUCCGUGGGGUGUCUCAAUCCGCUUACAGCCAAGGCAGGUGUGUAGACAAGCUGGUCUGUGCAGAACCAAGCCCAGCUGGAACUACACCCUGGGGUGACCUGGGUUCCUCCAGAGGGUCCCAGCAGCCGAAACACAGCCAUGCACUGCCCAGCUGUGCUCCUGCUCCUGGUUGGUGUGGCUGACGCCUUUCGCAUCUGUGCCUUCAACGCCCAGCGGCUGACGCUUACCAAGGUGGCCAGGGAGCAUGUGAUAGACACCUUAGUUCAGAUCGUGGCUCGCUGUGACAUCAUGGUGCUGCAGGAGGUGGUUGACCCUUCUGGCAGUGCCAUCUCCAUCAUGCUUCGAGAACUCAACCGAUGUGAUGGCUCUGGGCCCUACAGCUCCCUGAGCAGCCCCUUGCUGGGGCGCAGCUCGUACAUGGAGAAGUAUGUGUACAUCUACCGGUCACACAAGACACAGGUCCUGGAUUCCUACGUGUACAAUGACAAGGAUGACCUCUUUGCCCGGGAGCCCUUUGUGGCCCAGUUCACUUUGCCUAGCAAGGUCCUUCCCAGCGUGGUGUUGAUCCCCCUACACACCACGCCGAAGGAUGUAGAGAAGGAGCUGAACGCGCUGUAUGACGUGUUUCUGGAUGUCUCCCAGCACUGGCAGAGCAAGGACUUCAUCCUGCUUGGGGACUUCAAUGCUGACUGUGGUUCACUAGCCAAAAAGCGCCUGAAUGAGCUGAUGCUGCGGACUCAGGAAGACUUCCACUGGGCGAUUGCCGAUGGGGAGGAUACCACGGUGCGGGCCAGCACCCACUGUGCCUAUGACCGCAUAGUGCUGCACGGAGAGCGCUGCCAGAGCCUCCUGCGCACUGCAGCUGCCUUCGACUUCCCCAGGAGUUUCCAGCUCACUGAGGAAGAGGCCCUCAACAUCAGCGACCACUACCCUGUGGAGGUGGAGCUGAGCCGGGCAGCACACAAGAUCCAGCCCCUCGUCCUGGCCGUACUGUUGCUGCCACUCCUGCUCCCCCAGCUGGGCCUGGUGGCCUGAACCUCAUCCCCACCCUGGUCCCUGCUGCCCACAGAUUUGAUGACUACACUGCCUUCAGGACUCAAACCUCAGCCUCUCCUGUCCUUCUGCCCUGGGGCCAAAGUGACUCCUGAGGGGCUUCAACUGCAGCCCUACUCCAUCCCUAGCCCAGCCCUGCCCUGCCCUAUUGGACUGUAGCCCUCUGCCUUUUGUUUUGACUUGUGUUCUUUGGUUGGGCCUUUGUCUGGCAUUAGAAUGUGGAAGCGGUAGGCAUGGGCCCUGAGGCUGAAGCCUGGCACCCUUCCCCCAGCUAGUGUCAGGAGUGGAGACACAGCAGGUUCUAGGGCUGGGAGAGAGGCAAAUGGCUCAGAAAAGGGAAUCACAAUGUAUGAAAAAUUAUGACAAAAGGAAACACAUUAAAAAGCUAGAUUGGAGGGACACGUGUGUAGCAGUUUUGUCAGU